AGUUCGAGCCAUAGCCGAGCUAUAAAAACUGGCCACGAUACCGAACAGAGAUCAGUACAGAACAAGAGUUCAGUAAGCAAACAAACAAACAAAGCAGCAACCAUGAAAUUCGCCAUCGCCGUCAUUGUUACAUUGGCCCUUGCCUUGGGCGUGCAGUCCUCGGUGAUUCCAUGGGGAGCUCAGGUCGCUGGUCAUGGACUCUCCUAUACUGCCGUCUCAGGACCCGCUGUAGUUGCCGCUCCUUGGGGUGCUCAUGCUGCUGCCUGGGCUGCUCCUGCUGCCCAUUGGCCCGCAGCUGUCACUGUUGGUGCCUGGCCACCAGCAGUCCAUGCUCCCGCUGUGGUUGCUGCUCACGCUCCAGCUGUUGCUGUUGCUGCUCAUGCUCCCGCCGUUGUGGUUGCUCCCGUUGCUCAUGAGGGAGUCUACACUGCUCAGACCCGCGGUGCCGUGCACACUGCUCCUCUGGCUGGACAUGUUCAAUCUGUUGCCGCCAUCAACGCUGCUCCUGCUCCCGGCACUCUUUAAAUGCCAUAAAAUCAGUUUCCAUGCCCUAUGUUGAUGCCAACCGACAUCAGCAUAUUGUAACGAUUCUGAAAAUGUUGUAUAUAUGUAAACUUCUAAACAGGGCACUCGCACUAGCCAUCAAAAUUAAUGCUCUAAAAUGCACGAUCUAUUUAUUUCGAACCAGCAAACUUCUGUGAAAACAACUUUCUUCCUAGGCAAUAAAGCUACGUGAAAAAUACCUAUCAA